CUCUUCAUUCCAACAAUCUAUGUUCAUAAAUAACUCCUCAGUCAAUUUUCCCCUCUGCCAUAAGAAUAAGCCAUUGAAUAUUAAAACAUCUUUUCAAAGACCACCUGCAAGUCUUCUACCGUAAAAGAUUAGAGUUCACAAUCUGUAAACUGCAAAAUUUAGGUGGAAGCUAACUCCGUUUAGGAGGGAAGGGAAAGUCCUUUCUACGACUUACGUCGUACGUGCGGCGUUUGGCGGGAAGGACGAAUGUUGUGUACGCUCUUUGGGCGGGGCUACACGCCAGCUGGCAGACGAUCAGCGCGCCAAACACUAUAUUCCUCCGCGUCGUAAAUAGUUCCGUCGUGUUAUCACAAAUAACUUCGGAGAAACAACAGUAAUUGUCGAAAUUUCAAUUGAUUUCAGUUAGUAUUUCUCUUAUCUUUCAAUUUUUUAAGACGAUUUGUCAAAAUACGAGAUUUCUGACAAUUUACGUUUCACCUAAUGUCAGCGUAGGGAUAUCACAGUGGCGUCAGCCAGGCCUCAGCUGUUUCCCGCCAAACUCCUCUACCAGAAAACCGCUGUGAGGCGUAGCGUAUGUUGCUUGUCCCGCGCUUCGAUUUGAUAUUAGAUAUUAGUGAUAAAACAAAACUUUGAAAUUUGUUUUGACAACCCUCUGUACUUAGUGCGUUGAAAAUGUCUAUCUAUGCGGCUGAAGAUAGAGUGAUUUUCGAAGGUAGCGUGGAUGUGAAAAAAGAUAUACUGAGUGAUUUAUCCAGCCGGAUAAAUAAAGGAGGCGAGCCUCCGACGCCCUCCAUGGAGGCGGAGAAGAGGAUCCGCAGGGAGAUAGCGAACAGCAACGAGCGCAGGAGGAUGCAGAGCAUCAACAACGGCUUCCAGUCGCUCAGGUCGCUGUUGCCGCAUCACGAGGGCGAGAAACUCAGCAAGGCUGCCAUCCUUCAGCAGACGGCCGAGUACAUCUACAACCUGGAGCAGGAGAAGACGCGACUGCUGUCGCAGAACUGCCAGUUGAAGAGGCUGGUGAAUCAGCAUGAGGGCGGCGAGCUGCCGCCGAAGAAACGGAAGACGCCCGAGGUCAUAAUUCCGAAUAAGGCGUUGGUGGAGGAGGAGAACCCGGAACCGGUCAGUCUGAUAACAGUCAGCGUCAGCGGGCCCACGCUGAGCAGUCCGGCGAACGGCGAGAGUCCGGCGGAGAUCAAGCGUCAGUUGGAGAAGGAGAGAAGCCUACGACUGAUACUGGAGAAACAGGUGCAGCAGAUGGAGGCGCAACUGUACGACCUCCAGCAGCAGCUGUCCCAGGGCCCAGUCUACCACGUGGAAGAGAACGAGGAGAUCGCGUUGCAACUGGUCGCGCCCGACAGCCUACCGCCCGUCGGUCACACCCAAACUGUCGUGUGUUCGCCGGUCCGAUCGAGGACGGUCUCUCCCGAACCGGAGCCCCCUUUCGAUCCCGAACAGCGACUGCCCUCCGUGCUGGAGGCGGCCAUCAAGGCCGAACCCAAGGUGGAGGUGGAACGCCUGCCGUCGCCGCACGCCGAAGAGUCCGCGACGCCCGGGCGUUUCUUGCCGAGCAGGUCGCGGCAGAGCCUCGAGACCAUAGUGGAGGCGAUCAGACACCUGGAGGGCGACCACAUGUUCGGCGACGAGCCGCAGCAGCGUCCCCAGGAGGUACCCCUGGCGCUCACCACCCGGCCGUCGGCCGAUCAUCUCCACGCCGAGAUGAACUCCUUCCUGGAUUUUCGCGGGGCCGCGACGCUGCACCAGCAGCAGUCUCGACCCGGGGUCAUCGUGGUCAAGCAGGCGUCGUGAUCCCGCAUCAUACGUUACGCGGGCGCUGCUUCUCUACCCGCCGAGGUUGUUUUCCCGUACUGAUCGGGGCGGGCGGAGGAGGUGUUUCUUUAGACGGCGUUUAAUGUCGUCCGGAUCCUAAGGUUCCCAAUUCUAAUUUUUUCUUCGAAUCUCAAGUGAUUGCGGGUCGAGAAUCCGCCUUUUCUGUAGGUAGAUCCGCGUCUCUAGCCGGUUCACGUUCCUGCCGUUUGUUACCUAAUCGAUUUAGGUAUUCAUCUCGGUGACCACGGUCGUUGAACAGUGUACGACCGAUCUACGCCCACGUGACUAUUUUUGGUAGCUCCAAUGGACGUCUUGAAAGUGUUUAUGCAAAUCGUUACAAGCCAUUUAAACGAUCAACCUAUCUCUGGUUGAUCAACCUAACCUAAAUCGUGAUCAACUUAAAAUUAUCAACCUAAUCAACCUAAAAUUAUUCGUAGUUGAUCAACCUGAAAUUAUUCGUUGUUGAUCAACCUAACCUAAAUCGUGGUUGAUCAACCUAACCUAAAUCGUGGUUGAUCAACCCAACCUAAAUCGUGGUUGAUCAACCUAAAAUUAUUCGUGGUGGAUCAACCUAAAAUGAUUCGUAGUUGAUCAACCUAAUUUUAUUCGUGGGGUGAUCAACCUUACUAAUAUUGUGGUUGAUCAACCUAAUGAAUGGUUGAUCCGUGGUUGAUCAACCUUUUUACUUUCAAGUUGAUCAAUCAAUAAAUCUAAUUCAUCUAUAACGAGAAAUCCCGGUGCUACCUAAAAUGGUCAUAUAAGAAGAAUUUUUCACCAUGGGCUUCCACGAUCAUUUUCGGUCGAACACUUUUCACGUCGCCUUUUAUUUAUUUCUCUGAAGAUGACUUAUUGAAUUUGGAUGAAUCAUAACGCGAAGGUUGAUCGGGCCUUCGCCGUAAGAAUUUCCGGUUUUAUCAAAGUUGAUUUUUUUCCUAUUUAUUCCCAGUGAGAGGCAGGUGGGUGAACGGGCGAGAUGAUCGGUUGAAUUUUUGUAUAUGUAAAGUUUAUCAUGACGUUUUUUUUUAUUUCGUUACUUAAAACAUGAAAGUUUCGUUUAUUUGAAACGCCAAAAAUAUAUUUAUCGAUGAAUUAGAAUAUGUAGUGAAAUGUUUUGUUCCUUUAUUUGUACAUAAUAAUUUUAGAGAUCCGUUUAGUGCGGUGAUAGAGUUAUGUAUAUGUAUAACGAUGAUUAUGCAUAUUUGAUAUACUAGCACUCUUAGUAAACCGGGAGUAUGUUCUUUUUUCUAAUUUUAUUAUUAGUCGUUGUUUUAUCUUUUUAUUUUCAGAUGUUUUUUUUUUUCGAAUGACGCCCUCUUGUAAAUAUAGUCAACCGAAAUUGGUAUACGUAUGAUGAAGUUUUGAGAAAAUUAUCGAUUGUUUUUGGUUAUUAAUGAGUCAAGUGAUACAGCGCAUAAGACCCGGAUACGCCCGACCCCUUCGAAAUUCACCGAGAUCGUCCGACGAGAAGAAAAUUAAAUUUUAGUGUAUGAAGGGCAAUAAAAGAUCAUUUUUACUGCUUCGAACCAAAGAACCUCGCUGUUUUUGUUUUAUUUUUUUUAUAUUUGUUGUUUCGCGACGUACCCGCGGGGUGCGGAAUGUAAAUGCUCAAUUUUUUUUGUCGUAACGAAAUUACCUAGUCAUUAAGGGUGCCGGACGGUUCGCGGGUGAUCGGAAAAAAAAGAGAAGGGCGUAUCCGCGUCAUGUGUGUCACGACGGAGUGAGUGGUAAGCACAGGCCCUUUUGACCGAGAAUGUAAUGAUUGGUCCCGAGCCCGAGUUUGACGGAAAUUGGGGGACAGUACUGAAAUUCACCGGACUGCGAUACUUGUCAAGUAAUAAUAAUUUAGAGAUGUAGGAGGCGGGCCAGUACCUCGAAUUUGGAUUAGUAAACUUUGAUAUUUUUAGGAAAAAUUGUCGGUUAGGUUUCGUUUACGAAAGAGAAACUAAAAAAAAUGUUCAAGAAUUGAAUUUAAUAAAAACACAAAUUGAGAAAGAAGAUGAGGAAAAAGAUAGCAUAUGAGCACAGGUGGGCACAUAAAUAGGUAAUAUUUUGGAAUGAAAAAAAAGAGCCUUGUCUAAAUGCGGCGAAAAUUUUCGGGAUAUACUAAAAUUAAAUUGAGAAUUCUUGACCGCGAAGGUCAAGGCUGAGAAAAUUUUAUAUCGGUUCAAUUAAAGGUAAAGGAAAUAUUGGCGUGGCGCUGUGAUACCAUCAGGAAUUUUGGAGCAUUUUAAAAUAAAUUCGUGAAUAUUCGAGGAGCGUAGGAUUAAUAAUGGGUGGGUGUUUUUUAUACGAAGUAGGUAAAGAAGUUGGAUUGCUUAGAUAAUUUACGAGGCGGAGGUACUGGCCCUUUGUUGGUAGGAAAAAUAUUAGCGUCAUCAACACGAGGAAAUAGGCACAUUCGUUAGGUUGGACGUGUUUUAGGGUUCGAUCCGCUGGCGGUCAUUUCGUGCAUUUCACGAUUUAAAAAAAAAAUGAUUUUUCUAAAUCGGGCGGUCAAUUUUGAGCAUACGAAAUUAAAUUUCAUCCUUAGCUAUGUAGUUCGAGCGCGGGGUGUCACGAUAUAAUGGAUAAAUCCGGAGGGUAGGUUAAAUUUAGGGUGGAAGUUGACGGACAGGGUAAAAACUGGAUAUAACUCUGAAUUCAAAGUAUUCAAAAUUGAGCGACCCUGGUGUUUUUGUUGUACAAUGAAGACUGGGUGUAAUAUAGUAAUAGUAUUUAAGUGUGUUCUGAAGAAAUAUUCAAUAAAAACAUAAUGGAAUUAUCCUGUCUUACUGUUUCUUUGUGAUAAACUCGGUACGACGUCGUUUCAGUGCAGAAGAAUUGAGUUUUCCGACGAACAUAACGGUCGCAACACACUGAACUAUUUAUUAUUCCAAUUAGAAUUUUUAUGAUGUUGUUUGAUAACUAAAACUUUGUCUGUUCGAAUGUCUUCCCUUCCAUUUUUAACUCGUCACAGUGUGACGAUGAUAAUGAUCGAUAUUCUAGAAUUUCAAACGUGCAAGGAGGGCGCACGGGGAAGAAAUCGGGUGGAGAAACCGUUACUCUGAAAUUGGGCGAAUAAAAUUUUAAUUGACACUCUGUAGGAGGUCCUUAGUGUAUCUAUCAAUUUAUUUAUUGCAAUUAUGAUUGAGAUGGUGGUUUCUUUAAUUUCAAAAUAAGAUCAACGGGUUAUGGGCCCAGACUAAGAGGUCUCUCAUCCUAUCCUAUAGUGUGCACAUACAACACAGUCGAAUCAAGUCAAUUUCAGCAUAAAAAAAAUAAUUGGGGAAUCUUUCACUGCUUUGACUGUUUUAUGUGUGGCAUCCUGUAUGUUUUAAAAGAGAACUGGUUGUUGUAGAAAUACGAAUUUCGAAACCCUUUCUCCUGAAAAUAUUCCAAGUGACCAGAGUACAAAAUACUCCCUCCUUGUGUGUUUGAACACCGAUGUUCUCUCGAUGUGUUUGUCCUUCCAUAUUCAUACGUUUCAAGUUUUCCAAGUUUAUACAUCCAAGAAAUAUCUAUGAAAAAAAGCUCCAACUGUAAAAAAUGUAGUGGUUAUUUCGAAACUUGAAUAUCAGGACCGUAUCGAGCGAUCAGCCGCUGCCCUUUCAGCAAAUUGAGCAUUUUCUGCGGGAAGGCAUAUUCUUUAAUUCUUCAUGUUUAAGGAUAAGAUAGAUACGGAUAAGAAAUUAAACACGUUGAAACUACACACAGGCAGAUUUAAUCUUCUUUUAAUUUAUGAAGAAUCAUCAUUUAAAUAAAUAUGGAAAAUAUAUGAAUUAUAUACUGGAAUCAUGGGCUGAAGAGCUUCUCUGUUAAUGCUUGAAAUAGCACUGUAUUAUAAAUAUGUUUUUCAUUUCCGAUUGUAGCGUCAAUCUUUCAUAAAGGUUGACUGAUAGAGUUGAGAUUUUUAUUGCUCUUGUAUGCCGACAAAGGGAAAAUUAUAUUAAUUUUCAUCCAACGUAAUGCACGUUUCAAGGAUUAGAUUAAAUUGUUCCGUAGGAGAAAUUGAGGAAAAUCGACUAGUUGUAGUUCACCUCACACAGAAAAUUUUAGAGUAGAAAAUUAAAUCAUGGCAAACCGAAGUUUAAAACGAUAAUUUUUACAUUCCUGGAUAUCUGCAGGGAGAAUGUUUCGAGAGCUGUUCAUUAUAAUAAAGGCAUACUAUAGCAAUGAACUCUUGUCCGAUUUGACUGGCUUACAUUUCAACUGAAAACAGUUUUACCUCAAUGAUUUAACGGAAUAAAUGUAGAAGUGUAUUGCUAGUCGAAUUCGUUGUUAGUGUUCUUGUCUGAAAUCAUUACAUGCACACAUUUGAUCUUCAAUAUUGAUUAUAUUAGUUGUGUGCCUCGAUGAAUCAUACUUAUGUUGUGUCGCUUGUAUCAUACAAAAAAUUUGAAUAAAAAUAUGAAAAUAA